GGUGUACAGAGCGGGAAUCUUUCUGCUUUGUUUCCAGAGGAGGAAAAAACCCUGCCUAUUGUGGAAGAAACAUUCUCUGCCUCCAGGAUCCCAUCUAGGCAGCAAAAACAAGGUACGACUGAGAGUGUGAGGCUGACUCCAGGCCCCCCAGUGAGCAUCCAAGGCUUUGGGGAUUUGGACCCGGGUCUCCCAGAUUAAGGUAGGCACCAUGGUGGAUUACUAUGAAGCUCUGGGGGUGCCUCGCAAUGCGUCUCCAGAUGACAUUAAAAAAGCGUACAGGAAGAAAGCUCUGAAGUGGCACCCGGAUAAAAACCCAGACAACAAAGAAUAUGCCGAGCAGAAGUUCAAGGAGAUAGCAGAGGCCUAUGAAGUGCUGUCAGACAAGAACAAGCGUGAAGUCUAUGACCAUUAUGGCAAAGAAGGACUCAUGGGUGCUGGUGGACCCAGUGGGUCCAGGGCUGGCCCAGGAAUGCCUUCAUACACCUUCACUUUCCGCAGUGCUCGUGAUGUCUUCCGGGACUUCUUUGGGGGACAGGACCCUUUUGCUGACUUCCUUGCUGAUGAUAUGUCCCCGUUCUCAGACAUGCAUGGAAGUGGACCUCGACAUCCUGGAGCAGGGUCAUUCUUCUCAUCCUUUGCAGCAACACCAGAAUUCUUUCCUUCUGGUCUUGGGCCCGGUAUCAAUAUGGGAAUGGGCUUCCGUUCCAUCUCUACAUCCACUAAGUUCAUCAACGGCAAGCGCAUCACUACCAAAAGGAUCAUUGAAAAUGGGCAGGAGAGGUUGGAAGUGGAAGAAAAUGGGGAGCUGAAAUCUGUCCAUGUUAAUGGGGUUCCAGACGAUUUGGCGCUAGGCUUGGAGUUGAGCCGGCGGGAGCAGCACGCUCUCCAGAACCGCAAGUCUUCACCGCCUCCUCCGCAGACACCGGCUCCGCCCCCGCCUCACAGCUCGUCCCCUGUGAUCUUGUACACGGACAGUGAGGAGGACGACGAGGACCUGCAGCUGGCCAUGGCCUACAGCCUGUCCGAAAUGGAGGCCAAGGGCCAGCACAGAGCAGACCCUGACGGACAGGCAUAUUCUGUCUGAUGCCCCUCCAUGCUGCCUCCCUGCAGGUGUGUUCUGAGUCUGGAAGAGCUGUGGGGAUGGCCUCUCUAGACUUCAUGCUCACAGAAGGCUGCUCAAGCCUGGACUUCGCUUUCCCGUUCCCUCCCUGAGCCCUGCCCUGGGGAUUGACAGGCUCCACCUGCGUGACUUCCUCCCCCUUAGUUCUCUCUGCUACGGGUCAUUUAGCAGCCAGUCACUCCGGAGGGUCAGGCUGAGCACAGCCUCCGGUCUGUGCGGGUAGCUCUGCUGCGGCUCCUGAUUUCACACCACUCAAGGCAUCCUCCAGGCCACCUUUUCCACUACCCUCUUCCAAGAGAGGAGCCUGGGGCCAGGCUGAAGAACAAGGACCUGGCUACAAGGCUGGACAAAUGUGAAGCAGUCACAGGGGGGAUAGUGGGCACAGAAGGGAGGCACAG